AUGGCGUUCUACAAGGUGCAAAUCGCUGUACUCGGUGGGACCCGGUUCUCCGAACAAGGCCAACUGGAGGAUACGGAUGCCAGUUACAACUUUGCGACAGUGGCACCUGCCGGGCCGUGUCUUCGUCUGGAGGCGAGACCAGCGGGACGUGCUGGUGACAAAGGCGAUUCCGGGUGCCUACGGGUGGACCGACUAUCGCUUCGUCAUCUUCAAGAUGCGGAUUCGCCUACAGCCUCGCAGGAAACCUCAAGUUAA